AUUUCUAUUGGAGAAGCAGUUUAGACAUCUUCAUACUAAAGCAUAUUUUUUGUCUACUCCGUUAUUUCUGGUCUGUGGACUCCAGUGGUGUUCUAGGACUGUACGAAGGGUCUUCAAAAGGAAUUUUAAAUCAUGUCUGAGGCAGAUUUUGAUAAGGCUGCAGAGGAGGUGAAGCAGCUGAAGGCUAAGCCAGCAGAUGCGGAGAUGCUCAGGGUCUACGCUCUGUUCAAACAGGCCAAAGUGGGCGACGUCAACACCACUCGUCCUGGGAUGCUGGAUUUCACUGGGAAAGCCAAGUGGGACGCCUGGGAGAAGGAGAAAGGGAAGAGCAAAGAGGAUGCCAGGAAGGAGUACAUUGCCUUGGUAGAGGAACUGAAAGGGAAGUACGGAGUCUAAUAAAUGACUGACUGACCGGGCCGACCGCUGGCAGUGUAGAACCUUGACCUCUGUGGUCAGCCCACACCUCGUCCCUGUGAGGUGCCUUAAUCCCAACGAGUAUGCCCUUUUCUACAAGACCUGGGGAAAAUGCAUAUGUCAAAUCCUUUGUAAUUCUAGCGGUGCACUUGGUUUAGCUGAAGUAACUUGGUUUAGCUGAGGUAUGUGCAAGGGUGGUUGGAGUUUGCAUUUGUUGGACUAUUCAAAUGGUUCCAUUGUACAGAACUACCUAAAUCAAGCACACUUCAAAUGACAUAUGCGUUUUACCCAGGAAUGUUUGCUACUGUGCAUUGCACUAAGAAUACAGGAGCAACAAGCCGCCGCUACGUACAGAGACAAACCGUCCUCCACCAUCAACUUCCUAGUGAAUGUUCUCAACUGGUUGUUCAGCCCACAACCUCCAUAAAGUUUACAUUUGUUUUAACUUU